AUGUCCUACCAGCAGCCUAACUAUCCUCCCGGACCACCCCAACAGGCACCUGGAUCAGGUUUCCGACCGCACAAGUUCUAUAUUCGCUCAGGAGGGACUUUGCUUGCACAAUAUGUUGGACGUGACUCUGAUCAAUUUCUCAUUGCAGCUACGGCGGCUAUCCCCAGCAGGGCUACCCCCCACAGGGCUAUCCCCAGCAAGGUUAUGACCCCAACUACGCUCAGCCAGGAUAUGGCCCUCCCCAAGGACCGCCUCAACAGGUAA